AUGCGAGCAAAAGAACGUUAUCUAACAUGUCCGGCGUGCCUCGUAACUAUUGAAACAAUUAGAGAAGAAUUUGCAUUCGCUCCAGAUAAUACUCAGAUAAUAGCAGAUAAUAAAAAAAGCAUCUCAUCAAAGCGUGAUACUGUAGAUGGUAAUGAUAUUGAUUUUGAGUAUGUGAAAGAAAUAGGUUUUGUGAGUGGGUUUAUUGCAAAUAUUAUCCAAUCAAAAGGAGAGACCGAUGAGGAUGAAGAUUACCAAAAAGCAAGUUUAGCCAAUCACUAUGCGAAAAGAUUCGAAAAAGAAAGUCAAAGAUAUCAUGGAUAG